CAUUUGCCUGGCUGCGCUGAUGUGGAGCAGUCGCGUUUCUGUUUCCUUCCUACUUUCUUUCUCAUUGUGUAGUUGUUGUCGGGUUUUGUGAUAUGUUUUUGGCGCCAGAUAAAUUUCGAAUCAUUUGUAUAAAUAAAUAACCAAACAGCGGGCGCUGCGCGUUAAUUAAACAAAAGCGCCAACAGAAACAGCAACAACGACAGCAACAGCAGCAAAAACAACAAACAAACAUCGAGAAGAUUUUCCACGGCAAAUCGCUGGCUAUGACAACGGCUGCGUACAUUGAGACAGCGAUGACGGCCUCGUUGACGCAGCCACAGGCACGGCCGCAGCCGCAGGAUAAUCUACGCAUAUUCCUGCGCCAUUUGUACGUCGAGUGCGUUUAUCGCUAUCAGAAUGAUACAGCGAAGGGCGAUGCCACAGACUCCGGCGAUGAGGAGCUGAUGCUGGCAACGUUCACAACGAUGCCGCGGUACUUGGAGCAGGCGGUGCUCAACGAGGGCACCAUUGAUAUGCAGGAUGUGGACGAGGAAGCGGCCAGCGAGAACGAGCUCUAUGCGACGAUUCGCUCGAUGACAAUGGAAACAAAUCAACAUUCACGUAAUGCAACCAGUGAAAUGGAGACUCUCUAUUGUCCCGUGAAUUUUGAUGGCUAUCUCUGCUGGCCGCGCACGCCAGCUGGCACCGUAUUGAGUCAAUACUGUCCGGACUUUGUCGAGGGUUUCAGCAGCAAGUUUCUGGCACACAAAACCUGUUUGGAGAAUGGCACCUGGUAUCGGCAUCCGGUAAGCAAUCAGACCUGGUCAAACUAUACCAACUGUGUGGACUACGAUGAUUUCCAGUUCCGACAAUUCGUGAAUGAGCUAUAUGUGAAGGGCUAUGCACUAUCGCUAUUGGCUCUGAUAAUAUCGAUUGUUAUAUUUCUCGGCUUCAAGUACGUACGAGCUGGGCAAUUAGCCAGGCUAGCGUACGAUGCUGAUGCUGAUGCUCUAUCUCACAGAUCCUUGCGCUGCACCCGGAUCAGGAUACACGUGCAUCUCUUUGGCUCACUCGCCUGCACCUGCAUCGCCUGGAUACUCUGGUAUCGACUGGUCGUCGAGCAAACCGACCAAAUAGCCGAGAAUCCCCCCUGGUGCAUCGCUCUGCACUUGGUGGUGCACUACUUCAUGCUGGUCAACUACUUCUGGAUGUUCUGCGAGGGUUUGCAUCUGCACUUGGUACUCGUUGUGGUCUUUGUUAAGGACACGAUUGUCAUGCGCUGGUUCAAGCUGCUUAGCUGGCUCUCUCCGUUGGUCUUCGUGCUACCCUAUGGCGUUGCCAGACAUUUAAGUGUCAACGAUAAUGAACAUUGCUGGAUUAAUGACAGUCUCUACCUGUGGAUCUUCUCGGUGCCCAUCACCCUCUCGCUGCUGGCUAGUUUCAUCUUUCUGAUCAAUGUGUUGCGCGUGAUUGUGCGCAAAUUACAUCCACAAUCCGCACAGCCAGCACCACUGGCCAUACGCAAGGCGGUGCGAGCGACGAUUAUUUUGGUGCCACUCUUCGGGCUGCAGCACUUCUUGCUGCCCUAUAGGCCGGAAGCUGGCACCCAGCUGGAUCGCUUCUAUCAGCUGCUGUCCGUGGUGCUGGUCAGCCUGCAGGGCUUUGUGGUCUCGUUUCUAUUCUGCUUCGCCAAUCAUGAUGUGACCUUCGCCAUACGCACAAUGUUGAACAAGUGGAUGCCGAGCCUGAUUGCACCGCCACCGGCUGGGAGUAAUACUGGACAAUUGGCUACCACCACGCCCAGUCGUGAACUGGGCGUCUAAUCAAAGACAGCUCUACACCAUGCAAACCCUCGAAAUGGCCCAAUUGCGUUUCUAAACAAAGUCCAGCUUGAAUCCGCUUAGAUCAACACAUGCCCAGCUGGAUCCAGAACCGAAGUAGAUUGAUGCAUACAAAACUACCUGGAAUUACAGCAGAUCUAUGCAUACCUAGCUACCUUAUAUGAAGAGUAUUACCACCUUAUAGAGCUUGUACUACUCUGGUAUUUUUGUAGCCAUAUCAAUAUAGAAACGUCAAAGAUUGUUUGUUAGUAUUCCCGUUGUCUAUCACAUGUCUAUUGUCU